AUGUCUGGUGGUCAAACAUAUGGUUUUAUAACAGAACUUUUUUUUGAUGUUUUCUCCUCGAAAGAAUUACAUUGUUUCUACGAAGAUUUCCUAUUAUACAGCGAUAUAAGUAUUUCUACUCGGGUUGUUGAUACUGAAUCGCAAUUGUUACAUAUGCGAAUUAGAUCACCGAGCAAAAAUAUUAGUAAAUGGUAUGAAGGAAUCGAUCAAGCGGAAUUCAGUGGAAUGCUACGAGAAGGAGGUACGUAUGAAAUUUGUACAAAAGUAGACGUAACAGGUACGCGACACGUACGUUUAAUGCUAGUUAUCUAUGCUCAUCAUCGAGGAACAAAAAAUAAAGCUAAUAAACUUAAAAAAGAACAUCAUGAAACAACAGAAAAAAUGAACGAAUCGAUAAGCAAUUUGAGGGAAAUGAUAGCUUCAUCUGCAUUUGCAUUAAAGCAACUGAAAUCAACACGUGAUAUACAUUUGCAAAUUAAAAAUGCCAAUAAUAUUGAUAUGUUUUCAUUAAUACAAACAAUUAUUAUUCUAUGCACAGCGAUUGUGCAAGUUUUUAUUAUUCGAAAAUUUUUCUCUAACACUUCUAAAAUUGUUAGAUAA